AUGGCGGAGCGGAUCAGACAUCCAAGGAAGAUGAUGGCCCUCAUCGCGCCGACCGCCCACCAACAUCACGAGGGAGGAAAACAACAUGCGGUCUGGGGGAGUACUCCAAAAGAGGGCGCUAGAGAGGAAACUGCGAAUAAACGGAGAAUCAGACGAAAUGGCACUGGCAAGUGCACUGUGCGCCCCGUAGGACGCGCGAUCGUUGCGAACGAACACACUCUAUUCCUCGGCAUGGUCGUGUAGGACGGGGAAGAGAAUAAAGUCAUCAUGAAGAGAGACUAC